AUGACCAACACUCAAAAAGCCGUUGUUUUGAAGAAGCAAGGAGAGAUUGCUUUCGAAGAGAGACCUGUCCCAGAAAUUAAAGAUCCUCAUUACGUGAAGGUUCACAUCAAGAAGACAGGUAUUUGCGGUUCUGAUGUUCACUACUAUACUCAUGGUGCUAUUGGUGACUUUGUUGUCAAAGAACCAAUGGUUCUAGGUCAUGAAUCAAGUGGUGUUGUUGUUGAAGUAGGCGAAGCAGUUACCCUGGUCAAGGUUGGCGAUCGUGUCGCUGUAGAGCCAGGUGUUCCCAGCAGAUACUCUGAUGAGACUAAGUCCGGUCAUUACAACUUAUGUCCUCACAUGGAAUUCGCUGCGACCCCUCCAAUUGAUGGUACUUUGGUUAAGUACUACUUAAUACCAGAAGAUUUUGUUGUAAAGUUACCAGAUCAUGUUUCACUUGAAGAGGGUGCUUGUAUUGAGCCUUUGUCUGUUGGUGUGCACGCUAACAGACUUGCCGGUACUGGAUUUGGUAAAAAAGUUGUUAUUUUUGGCGCAGGCCCUGUUGGUUUAGUUACUGGUAACGUUGCCUCUGCUUUUGGCGCCUCUGAUGUUGUAUACGUGGAUGUUUUUGAACACAAAUUGAAGAGAGCUAAAGAAUUCGGUGGUACUCAGAUUAUCAACUCUAAAGAUUAUCCAAAGGAAGAUGAUUUAGUCAAGGCAAUUCAAGAUAAGUUGGGCGGUAAAUCGCCUGAAAUCGCUAUUGAUUGCUCAGGAGCUGAGGUUUGUAUCAGAUCGGCAAUUAAAGUCUUAAAAGUUGGCGGUACCUUCGUUCAAGUGGGUAUGGGUAGAGAUAAUGUUAACUUCCCUAUCACUCUUAUCAUUACAAAGGAAUUGCGUGUUUUGGGAUCCUUUAGAUAUUACUUUGAUGACUACAACAUCGCUGUCAAGUUAGUGUCUGAAGGCAAAGUCAAUGCCAAAGCUUUGAUUACUCACACCUUCAAGUUUGACGAAGCAAUCGAUGCUUAUAAUUUCAACAGAGAUCACGGUAAUGAAGUUGUCAAGACUAUCAUUGAUGGUCCAGAAUGA